AUGGAACAGUUGACGCAAUUCGUCUCCAAGUCGUUCCAAACCUCUCCUCAAACUCCUCCGACGCGACAAUCGCUGCAUUCGGUCGUCGAUCGCCUCAACUGCUCGGCCGCCGCGCUCUCCCAGUGGCCACUGUUCGCGCCGUCGGCCGACUCGCCUUCCAAAGUGACUUCUUUCAGGUGCGGAUCCGCGUCGGACGCCGAAGACACGGAGGACACGGAGGACAACAGCUCGGGCGAUGCGAAGCUCGAGCCCUCGAAAGGCGUCGAGAAGGACUCGAGCUCCGGCUCGACGAAAGCUGCGAAACAGCGGAGAAGUCGAACGAACUUCACUUUGGAUCAGCUCAACGAGUUGGAGCGCCUCUUCGACGAGACCCACUAUCCCGACGCCUUUAUGCGCGAAGAGUUGUCGCAGCGCUUGGCUCUGAGCGAAGCUCGAGUGCAG